GCAGCCGGAACGCGUGGCGGGGGUGCCGGCUCCAUGGGCAGCAGCGCACAGCAGCACGAUGAUGGACGUUAACAGCAGCGGUCGCCCGGACCUCUACGGGCACCUGCGCUCUGUCCUCCUGCCGGAGGUAGGGCUGCCGGACCUGAGCCCCGACGGCGCCGGCCCGGUCGCGGGCUCCUGGGCGCCGCACCUGCUGCGCGGGGUCCCCGAGGUGACCGCCAGCCCCGUGCCCACCUGGGACGUGUCCCCGGACAAUGCCUCGGGCUGUGGAGAGCAGAUCAACUACGGCAGAGUCGAGAAAGUUGUGAUCGGUUCCAUCCUGACGCUCAUCACGCUGCUGACGAUCGCUGGCAACUGCCUUGUGGUGAUUUCGGUGUGCUUCGUCAAGAAGCUCCGCCAGCCCUCCAACUACCUGAUCGUGUCCCUGGCGCUGGCCGACCUCUCGGUGGCCGUGGCGGUCAUGCCCUUUGUCAGCGUCACAGACCUUAUCGGGGGCAAGUGGAUCUUUGGCCACUUCUUCUGCAACGUCUUCAUCGCCAUGGACGUCAUGUGCUGCACGGCCUCAAUCAUGACCCUGUGCGUGAUCAGCAUCGACAGGUACCUUGGCAUCACGAGGCCGCUGACAUACCCCGUGAGGCAGAAUGGGAAAUGCAUGGCAAAGAUGAUUCUCUCCGUCUGGCUCCUUUCCGCCUCCAUCACUUUACCCCCGCUCUUCGGGUGGGCUCAGAAUGUAAACGACGACAAGGUGUGCCUAAUCAGCCAGGAUUUUGGCUACACGAUUUACUCCACCGCGGUGGCAUUUUAUAUCCCCAUGUCUGUCAUGCUCUUCAUGUACUACCAGAUCUACAAGGCCGCCAGGAAAAGCGCCGCCAAACACAAGUUCCCCGGCUUCCCACGCCUGCAGGAGCCGGACAGCAUCGUCUCCCUGAACGGCAUGGUGAAGCUCCAGAAGGAGGUGGAGGAGUGUGCCAACCUUUCGAGACUCAUCAAGCACGAAAGGAAAAACAUCUCCAUCUUUAAGAGGGAACAGAAAGCAGCCACCACCUUGGGGAUCAUCGUCGGGGCCUUCACCGUGUGCUGGCUGCCGUUUUUCCUGCUCUCGACAGCCAGACCCUUCAUCUGCGGCACAGCCUGCAGCUGCAUCCCGCUGUGGGUGGAGAGGACAUUUCUGUGGCUGGGCUACGCCAACUCUCUCAUUAACCCUUUUAUAUAUGCCUUCUUCAACCGGGACCUGAGGACCACCUAUCGCAGCCUGCUGCAGUGCCAGUACCGGAACAUCAACCGGAAGCUCUCCGCCGCAGGCAUGCACGAGGCCCUGAAGCUCGCCGAGAGACCCGAGUUUGUGCUACAAAACUCUGACUACUGUAGGAAAAAAAGUCAUGAUUCAUGAUCAAACGCGAAAUCAUGGAGAGGAACAAAACGAGGCAAGACAGAGGUGGAACAGAAUGCAGUCAUUUGCUGAGACUGUGGAAUGCGACUUCCGGUUUUCCUUGGGAUGGUUCAAACGUGACAAGCAGGGUGAUCUGUUGUGCAAGAAUAUUAUGAGGGAGAUGGUGAUUGCUCCCUUCCCCCCACUGUGGAUCAGUGCUGUUGUGUGCAAAAGAAAACAGUUCUCAGUUUCAGACAGCCAGACCAGCUCAGCAGUACCCUCAGGAACAGAGCUGAGCUCCAGAAAGGAAACAGUUUCUGGUGCUUUGCAUAUGUCCAAGUCCUUGCAAGUGGAAGCAAGCUCCAAUGUGCACUUCCCAUGCUUCUAAGUCUAGGCAUUGCAGUGAAUCUUCAGGAAUCGUUCACGAGACAGCAUUAAUUUUGUUGUAGGACAGAAAGGGUGUUUUUCCAAGCUAACUGCGGUGAGCAUAGUGUUGACAAUGUUGCAUGUCCUGUGUUAGAAAGCAGAAUCCCGUCAUCAAGCUCAUACAAGUGAUUUCCCAGAGCAGUGUCUGUUUUAAGCUUCUGUCACACAGUUUGGCUUUUCUGCAGGGUCCCUGUGACUUCCCCACCGACAUACUUUCUUUAUUAACUCGCUUAUUGUUAUAUAUAACUCAGGAACAGAUCUCAGGAUGGAGAGAAUCAUAAAACCCGAAUAAAGCUUUUUCUAGUGUUCACAUUUCUUCCAAGGGGUCCUGAGAGGUGAAGGGAUUCCUUCCUUGAGGAUGUGUACCUAACCUCACUGGAUGUUCAUUUAACGUGGGUGUAGGCACUGAACUACUGACUCUCCUGAUACAUGGGUGCCAUGGACCCACAGGCUGGUCCAUAACUGUGUGUUUUGGGAGGAAGUAGGGGAGUCAUGAGGUUUCCAUGAAAGGCUGUGAUGCAGCUUUGUGUUAAACUGAACUGUGUGAGUCGGAGGUCACCUGGGACACUCACUCUUGGUAACCGCUCCAGAUUACCAUUCUGUUCCUUCUAGAGGAUUUGUUUUGUCUUCUCUGUAUCUUAAAUCAAAUGUGUGCCUGGCCAAUUCUGUUUUCCUCCCUAAAGCGGUAGGCACUAUGGACGGGCAGGGAAAAACAGAAAGGGUCCCUUUGAGGACAGUAUUUUUUUGUAACAGGACUAUGUAAUGGGCUAAGGAGGCAGAAAGGCAAUAGAUAAGAAGAGGAUGAAAUGAAUACAAACCUUCAUUUGGUAAAAGAACUGCAAGAACAUCCUAUUUUCGUACCAUAAAUGUAGCUGUUUCCUCACAGGAUAAUGUGGAAUCCCACCGUGGAGUAUGGAUUUCUUCCAACUUUCAUUGACAUUGCUUCUUGCCAGACACAGGGAAGGUCUGCCUUCUGGAGAGGGGAGGGGGCCUGUCCUUUCCGACCAAGCUGCACAAAUUCCUGAACCGCAGAUU